AGAAAGGGGGAGUAUGUCUGGCAGAGGCAAGGGCGGGAAGGGGCUCGGCAAGGGGGGUGCCAAGCGCCACCGCAAGGUGCUGCGCGACAACAUCCAGGGCAUCACCAAGCCGGCCAUCCGCCGCCUGGCUCGCCGUGGCGGCGUCAAGCGCAUCUCGGGGCUCAUCUACGAGGAGACGCGCGGCGUGCUGAAGGUGUUCCUGGAGAACGUGAUCCGUGACGCUGUCACCUACACCGAGCACGCCAAGAGGAAGACUGUCACGGCCAUGGACGUGGUCUACGCUCUGAAGCGCCAGGGACGCACCCUCUACGGCUUCGGCGGUUAAACUCCCGAGUUUUCAACUCUACACUGUACAAACACCAAGGCUCUUUUCAGAGCCACCCACAACUUUCACAGAGAGCUGUUAAUUGCUACCAACCACGUUAUGGAUGUGUUUGCGUUUGUAUUACAGCAGUAACCGCUAACG